CGGAGCAGUGCGCGGCGCCCAGGGCUGUUCAAGGCGAGCUGCUGAGCGGUGUGGCGUUCGCACGCUCCCGGCCUUCCACUCAACGUGCUCCGGCAAGGCCAGAAAGUCGCUAGCUAUGUCGGCUGCGGAGGCGGGGGGUGUUUUCCACCGAGCCCGGGGCAGGACCCUGGACGCGUUUUCCGCAGAAAAUGAAAAAGAGUGGAAAGGCCCAUUCUACUUCAUCCAAGGUGCAGACCCACAGUUUGGGCUGAUGAAGGCCUGGUCUACUGGGGACUGUGACAACGGCGGUGAUGAGUGGGGGCAGGAAAUCCGUCUCACUGAGCAAGCUGUUAAGGCCAUCAACAAACUGAACCCCAAACCCAAAUUCUUCGUUCUGUGUGGUGACCUGAUCCAUGCCAUGCCAGGGACACCCUGGCGGAAAGAACAGACAGAGGACCUGCAGCGGGUGUUAAAGGCUGUUGACCGAGACAUCCCACUGGUCCUGGUCAGUGGCAACCAUGAUUUGGGCAAUGUCCCCACAGCUGAGACUGUGGAGGAAUUCUGCCAGACGUGGGGAGAUGACUACUUCAGCUUCUGGGUCGGGGGUGUUCUGUUCCUGGUGCUCAACUCCCAGUUCUUAUAUGAUGCCUCGAGGUGCCCUGUGCUGAAGCAGGCCCAGGACCACUGGCUGGACCAGCAGCUGAGCAUUGCAGAGCAGCAGAGAUGCCAGCAUGCCAUCGUCUUCCAGCACAUCCCAUUGUUCCUACAGAGCAUUGAUGAGGACGAUGACUACUUCAACCUCACCAAGACUGUGCGGAAGGAGCUGGCGGAUAAGCUCAUCAAAGCAGGUAUCAAAGCUGUGUUCUCUGGUCACUACCACAGGAAUGCUGGGGGAACCUACCAGAACCUCGACAUGGUAGUGUCAUCUGCCAUUGGGUGUCAGCUGGGCAAAGACACCCAUGGGCUUCGUGUGGUAGUCGUCACGGCUGAGAAAAUUGUUCACCGGUACUACAGUUUAGAUGAGCUGAGCAAGAGAGGAAUCGAAGACGACCUGAGGGAGCUGAUGAAGGAGUGAUUCCCUUCACGAUCCUCCUGGUUUUCUAGCCAUGACUUUCCCUUUUUCCAGAAACAGCAGCUGCUCAUAACCCUUGUUGACAUGUGUGAGUAGACUUCUGAAUAAAUCAAAGUUCUGGGUCCUGUCCUAAAUUAUAUUUAAUAGAGGGCUGCCUUCCUUUUAAAAAGGCAGAGGGUGAGGCUAUGAAUAUUUUUUUAAUUAUGAUGUGAAAUGCUGUAUGAUGCUUGAGUAAAUUCUUCUCAUGGUAUAA